GAGAGCGCGCAAUAUAUAUCGAACCCCCGAGCAUCGUAAACACAGAAAAUCAGAUUGUGGCCGUCUUUUUCUUCUUUGUUCUUUAAAAUUAAACAAAUAAUGUUAAAAUAUUACUUGUACAUUUUAAAGCAUUGUUUAUUAAUUUUAAUAUAAAACCUCGGGUGUGCUCGUGAUUAUCCGGAGAGUGCUUGCUAAUAAGAAAUUUUGGCGGCUCGACCGAGACGCGGACAUUACUGACAGUUUCGGUUAUGUUAAAGAAGGGAAGUUUGUACAAUAUUUUUUCAAUAUUUUAAAAAAAUUUUCAUAUUAUCGAGUCGCGUUUUUCCAGUUUUUUGUGUGAAUAAUUUAAUUAUUAGAAAAUCGGUGUUUUUUGUAAUCCUGCUAAUCCUCUUGGCGUCAAGGUUAUAUCUUUACGAGAUCUUCUGAUGUUUUGUGGAAUUGUGAAUUAUUUUGUGGAGAAGAAAAUAAACAAGGUCGAAAUUUGUUACUAUGCGGUGAAUUUGGUCUACUUGUGAUCCAGAUUUUGGGAACAGGAAAAGGUGAAAUUUUUAAUACAUAAUCAGGAAAGAAUAAGUUAAUAAUAAUAAUAAUAAAUAAUAAGAGUGAGAGAAAGGGACGUGGAAACUGUUAAAAUUAAAGUGUAUGUCAGUAAAUGCAUAGAUUGAGAAAAAAAAAUGGAUCUUUACUAUACUUCUCAAACGAAUGGAGUUCCAUUGGAAUCCAAACUUGCUGUCUACAUGAAUCGACAAAGUCCAGGGAUAACGCUAACCCCAACUGCUAUGAAUUCAUCAGUUGUAACCAAACAAUUGUCCAAUCUUUCUCUCGAUUCGCAGAAAAAAUCUCCUGGUCCUGCGGAAUUCAUUCCGGGAAGAACCUCAUGUCUCACUAGCAGUAAUAGCAGUUCACCGAAUCUUUUCAAUAAUUCCUAUCAUUCUCAGGAAAAUGUUGGUGGCACUACUUAUUUUUAUCUGGGAAAUAUGUCCGAUACCCUGACCUCUGAAGAGGGUACUUCUGAAAUCGCUGGAAAUAUUGGUGCAGGACAAGUGGGUUAUGUGUAUCCAGGAACACCUUCUCAUCUUCAUCCUGUGAAGCCUACGAAAUCCUCAUCAAAUAGUACAUCGGCACCCUCAACGCCUCCACCGCAAUCAAAUCCCAGCUAUUUCGUUAGUGAGAAUCUUCGAAACGAUAUAUUCCAAAAAAACGCUUUAACUUUAGAACAACCAGAUUUAGUUCAGUUCCCCGAUUUGCCCAAUGAAGUCGACAGCUAUCACGAAUUGUGCCCCUUGGAGCCAAUUCACAAACCCGUCUCAUCGGUUCUCGGUUAUCAAACAUCAACGUACAAAGCGACCAACAUUAAAACUGGAACUCGUUACUGUUUACGCAGAGUGCACGAUUUCAGAUUAGGUAAUACGAAGUGUAUGAUUCUGGUUGAUAUGUGGAAAAGACUUGCCCAUACGAAUUUAGUGCAGUUACGAGAAGUUUUUACCACGAAGGCCUUUGGUGAUCAUUCCAUGGUAUUUGUUUACGACUAUCAUCCUGGUUCGGAAACACUUCUAACGAAACAUUUCUCGGCGACUGAACUCAAUGGAUUUGCCGAUCCGUUUUCUUCUGAACCAAAUUCAUCGAGAUCGUUUACGCACUCGAAGAGCAAUAUUUUGAGACAGCAGCACAGUAACUUGCUUCCUGAGAGUGUUAUUUGGAGUUAUAUUAUUCAACUUACGGCUGCACUUCGAGUUAUUCAUGCAGCAGGACUUGCAUACAGAUGUCUGGAUCCUACCAAAGUAUUACUUACCUCUCGAACUCAUCUUCGAUUGAGUUGUGUGGCUCUACCGGACGUCGUCACGUUAGAUGGCAAUGCAACGAAUCCUUUGGGUCUUAUUCCGCAUUAUCAGCAGGAGGACUUGAUUGCUUUAGGAAAAAUGGUUCUUGCUUUGGCUUGUCGCAGUCUUUUGGCUAUUCAUCGUGACAAUAUGCAAACAUCUUUGGAGCUCGUCGCACGAUCCUAUUCCACCGAUCUUCGAAAUCUCAUUCUGUAUCUUCUUUCGAAUCAACAACGGAGAAGCGUUACGGAUUUGAUGCCAAUGAUCGGCGCGCGAUUUUACACGCAAUUGGAUGCGGCUCAAUUGCGUUCCGAUGUACUUGAAAAUGAACUUUCCAAGGAACUGGAAAAUGGAAGACUGUUCAAAUUAAUUGUCAAGCUGACGACAAUAAACGAGAGGCCUGAACUUAACAUGGAGCCAACGUGGGCCGAAACCGGGGACCGCUAUAUGCUUAAAUUAUUUAGAGAUUACGUUUUUCAUCAAGUCACCGCUGAAGGUCGUCCUUGGCUCGACAUGGCGCACGUCGUCUCCUGUCUGAACAAACUCGAUUCAGGAUCCUACGAUAAAGUGUGUCUGAUGUCCCGGGACGAACAAAGUGUGCUGGUCGUGAGUUACGCGGAGCUGCGACAAUGUCUGGACACAUCAUUCGAGGAACUGGUACAAUCUUCAAAAGAAGUUGCUUAGGUUUGUCUCACUUAAAUGUUAUUGACCUAAACAGCACUUACCAUGAAUGUGAUAUCAACAUUUAGGGCUCUAUCAUUUAAAAAAAAAAAAUUACAAAGCUCCCUCUCGUGAGGAAGUGAAUAAUUCAAAAAAAAAAAAGUUUAUUCACUUUUGAUUUAAUCGAUGAUUUUUUAGAAUCGUAAAAUCUUAAAAAAUUUUAUUUUUUUUUCUUUAUUUGAGCAAACGAUCUUAAUAUAUAAUUAUAUUUAAAUAUAUUAUAUAAGAAUAUUAUCUGUAAAUUGUGAAUCAUUAAUUUAAGCUCAAUUUUUUCUGGAAUAUAAUUUCAAUAUUAUGCCAAUUGAAAAUAAAAAAUUGAGAUACAUCGAUUAGAUCCCAGGGAAUAAACUUAAAUCUUUAAUGUAUAUAAUCUUACAAAGAUGUCACAGUGAAUAAAAUGAAAACAGUCCAUUUAAAAAAGAAAAUGAAAGAUUCUAUGAAAAGAAAUAGAAAAAAAACACUUGUACACAAAAAAGAAAAAAUGCGCUCGUGAAAUGAAAAUCUUAAAAAAAAAUGAAAAUACCUACGAAACAUUUUUUUGUCGUGUAGGUAUUAGAUUUAGAAUACAGCUCAUAAGCAUUAAUUUUGAAAUAAAUGUUUAUUUUUGAAGGCAA